GCGAUACAGGGAAGACUUCUCGAAGUUGCCUCCAUCCCAACAAGCGGACUGUGCUUUUAUGCCCUUUGUCGAGGGUUCCAAGAAAACCCGGCAGACACCGGCCGCUGCGGGUGGGAGGAAAAAGCAGUUGCCGAGUGGGCCAACUCCACCUGCGCCGGGCGCAUCGGGCGCGAAUCUUCCGCUUCUGCCCUCGCCCUCGCCCUCACCCUCGGUGGCCUCACCCUCGGUGAGGGGAGGUCGUGAUUUGGCUCAAGCUUCUAGCAAGGCUACGGAGUACGAUGAUGGACUUCGCCAACGCAAUGCUGGGCGUGAGAAUUCCCAGGACUGUGCAAUUGCCCUGGAUGACAACAACGACGAGGACGAAGAGGGAGGAAGUGGCGGUCCGCAUGACGACGGCGGUAAUCAAACGGAUAUGGAAGUUGGGGAUGACAACAUGCAGGACCGCGACACACUUGUUGAUGUGGAAGUCGCUGCUGGUCAGCCCUCGACGUCCCGUGGGAUUUCGCGGUCGCCAAGCACGAGUAAGGGUGGACAUAACUCACAAGCAAUGCAAGGACCGAAGGCGAAGAAAAGGACAAGAGAAACUUCUCCAUCUGCUUCUACUCACAAGAGACAAGCUAGGACUGAUGUUGUUGAUGAGGCUCGUGGAGCUUUGACAGCAUCCCAGGAGGCGCGGCCUUCUCGUAAAAACAGCCACGGGGGGCGAUCAGGCGGUCAUGGCGGUGGUUGUGGUGGCGGCGCCCAUGGCGGCGCGAGGAAAGGCUCGCAGAGGGUGAGGCCACAAGAAAUGCGGGACUCGGGGGAUGACGGCGAGGGAGUGGAUCCUCGCAUGCCCGAAGAUGUUGAUAAGCCGGCUCAGCACACCGCGAUCAUCGACACAACGCGUUGUUUCUUCCUGUAGUAUAACGAGCAAGGCUUCGCUAAGCAAGACGUCCAUGCUGUUCACGUGGACGUCCUGAGAAUCAAACGCAUUCCCCGCG